GCGAUUGGCAGCAGGAUUCAUCCUCAUCUUCAUCCUCGUCCUCACGCCCACCGAGAGGGGUCUUCAUUCAUCUUUUCAUUAAGUGCCAUCUCCGGCUACCGUACUGCAGCUCGUUGGUGUGGGAGAACCGCAGUCAGUAGGUAGAUAAAUAUUCGCCGUGGGUGUUGUGUAUUUCAUGAGCGCACAGGCUGCGUGUAGAUUGACCCGAGGCUGCUCGCACCGUGGGCUUCACCGAGAGCGUCAGGAACUCCACCGCGCUGCGGGGGGAGAUGCAGCGGGAGCGGGCGGAGCAGCGGCCAGCCUCGGACUGAUGAUGGCCAGCUCACUCACACGGCUCAGUUAAAACCCAGAGAAACGCGGAGGCCACUCACUGUCUCAGCGGCAACGUGAGAACAAAUUGGCUUAGCCUCAGUCUGCAUUCACUCUCAGGAUAUUUCGCCUUUCAGAAGAAAAAGACAAGCCAACAUGGGGGAGCAGCCCAUCUACAGCACGCGGGCGCACGUCUUCCAGAUCGACCCCAACACCAAGAAGAACUGGGUGCCCACCAGCAAGCAUGCGGUCACCGUCUCCUACUUCUAUGACAGCACCAGAAAUGUCUACAGGAUCAUCAGCCUGGAUGGGUCAAAGGCUAUAAUAAACAGCACCAUCACCCCGAACAUGAGCUUCACGAAAACGUCGCAGAAGUUUGGCCAGUGGGCAGACAGCCGCGCCAACACAGUGUACGGCCUGGGCUUCUCCUCCGAGCAUCAUCUGGCCAAGUUUGCAGAUAAGUUUGCGGAGUAUAAGGAAGCGGCUCGUUUAGCCAAAGAGAAGUCUUUAGAGAAGAUGGAGAUGGCGAGCUCUCCCUCUCAGGAAUCACCUGCUGAUAUUCACUCACCUCUGACCCCUCCCGUCACCUCUGACCUCUGCCGGGUGAACGGCACGGGCGAUGACGUCACCUUGUCUGACGCGUCGCCGAAUUCAGAGCUGCAGUCGGAUCUGUCCCCGACCACCCCGUCCCUCGCACACAGCCCGACCACCAACAAGCACUGGGAAGCAGAGCUAGCAGCGCUGAAGAGCAACAAUGCUAAGCUGACGGCAGCACUGCUGGAGUCCACAGCCAACGUAAAGCAAUGGAAACAGCAGCUGGCUGCUUAUCAGGAGGAGGCUGAGAGGCUUCAUAAAAGGGUGUCAGAACUGGAGAGCCAAAGCAGUCAAGCCAAUGUGAUCAAGUCUCAGAAAACAGAGCUCAACCAAACUAUCGAGCAGCUGGAGGCUACACUGAAGGCUAAAGAAGAGGAAAUGGAGCGUCUGAGGGAGGAAGUGGAAAACGCUAAGCAGCUGCAGUCACAGAAAGAAUUGCUGGAACAGAAACUGGAGGCUACAGACUCACGGAACAAGGAGCUGGAGGAGCAAUUAGCAGACGUGGAGCAGCGCCUGGAGGCCAGCCAGGUGGAGCAGGAGAACUUCCGUAAGAGUCUCAAAACACUGCUGGAGAUUCUGGACGGCAAGAUCUUUGAGCUGACGGAGCUGAGGGACAACCUGGCCAAACUCAUAGAGGACAGCUAGAACACUUCACUUUCACCUCUGCCUCAAAACACGGACUUCGAGGUGCACAGCGACAAGAACAACAUGCACAGCUUCUGAGCCCAGACCAUUCCAGUCUGGCGUACAUUCAUUCAAAGCCUUCCUGACUGGAGGACUGGUUAUUAUAUAUUUACUUAAACGGUGUGAUAAGCAUUCGGUUGCACUUGAAUUUGUACUUUUUAGGUGGGUAAUAUUUCUUCAGUGCCACUGCUACCUACUUAGGUGAUAUCGCCCAUGUACUACUCUUAUUCUUUUUUCUUACUGUUUGUUUUCCUUAUUUGUAGACUUAAACACAGGUAGUAAUCCUAGUGAAAGUAGGCGGCCUACAAAGACGAACAUGGCUGCAUGUAGGCUCUUCCUUUCAAAGGUGCUGGUUACAUGUGCCUGGUCAAUUGGCAUUAAAGGACAUCUACUAUGCUGCUGAGGACACUCAAAUCAAUCACAAUCACUGGAUCGUCCGUCACGCAUCGCGACAGGAUGUUCCGAGCCAUAUAUUGUAGCCAGACCCUGUUGGCUUGCCUCGUCACCUUCAAGGAAACUGCCUCAACAUUCAGUCAAAGCUUCAGGAUAUUCUACCACUGACUUCCUGACAACAACAAAAAACCAACAAAAAAACACUUUAGGAGGUCACCAAACACAUAGAUGCAGGUGUGGCAUAUUGGCCUGUAAUGUACAAUGAGCAAUAUUAGAGCGAGUCUUUAUGCCACCUCAGUGUAUUUAUCAGGUAUUCCAACUCUGGACUGAUCUAUGGACUAAUGUGGUUUAGUGGAUGUACCCCUUCUAGUUCUCUUCAGACCAAUUCUAAUGCUUUUGGACUGUAUCGGCCUUAGUCUAUACAUUUUUCAGCACUUAAUAUUUCAUUUGAUGAGGAUUCUCUUGUCUCUUUUUGUUGAAUUACCAAAUGCAGUGUGCUCAACUUAACAGUUUGACAUUAUGUAAUGUGUUAUUAUGAGCUGUAUAUGCUGAUGGAUAAAGGUACAUAGAGCACUGUCAAUAGGAUUGUAUUUAUAGAUGGGAAAAUUCAAUUUUAUUUCCCAACAUUAAUAAAAAAUCUUUAAAAAUAUUGA